AAGCUCUUCGACCAGUACGACGUCGACCACAGCGGCACGCUGGACCACGAGGAGAUGGUCGCGGCCCUGGCGUCGCUCCACCUGCCCAAGUACCUCGCGGAGCGCGCCUGGCACCUCUGCGACCGGGACCACUCCGGGUCCGUGUCCCUCGCCCAGUUCACGGACUUCAUCCACCACCAGGAGGAGCAGAUCGAGGUCGUCUUCGACGAGAUCGACGUCGACGGGUCGGGCAUGCUGUCCCGCCAGGAGCUCGACACCUGGCUCCACGCGCACCACGUCCGCGCGACGCCCGAGGACGAGGCGCACCUCGAGGAGCUCUUCCACCCGGGCAAGAACGCGACGGGCGAGAUCUCCUACGACGAGUUCCGCCACGCGUUGCUCUUCCUGAACCCGACGGACUUCGCGUUGUUCGCCGACGACUGGAUGCACUACGCGUCCGCGGACGAUCUGGGCACGUCCCACGCGUCGACGCACCCGACGACCAAGGCGACGACGAAGGGCCCGCCGACGUGGCUCAACGGCCUCGCGGGCGCCAUCUCCGCGGCGAUCUCGCGCACGGCCGUCGCGCCGCUCGAGCGGCUCCGCUUCCAGAUGAUCACGGACGGCGCCAAGUACGGCGGGUCGUCCCUCGCCUGCCUCCGGGGCAUCGCCGCGGAGGAGGGCGUCAAGGCGUUCUGGCGCGGCAACGGCGUCAACAUGAUCCGCAUCUUCCCGCAGAACGGCCUCAUGUUCUUCGCGAAGCCGGCCAUCGGCAAGAAGAUGAAGGCCUUCGUGCCCGACCCCUUCUACGGGUCCAUGCUCUCCGGCAUGGCCGCGGGCUGCGUGUCCGCGUCGGCCAUCUACCCGCUCGACGUCGUCCGCCUCCGCAUGACGACGACGCCGGGCCUCUACAAGGGCGUGAUCGACGGCUUCAAGACCAUCGCGGCCAAGGAGGGGCCCGCGGCCCUCUUCCGGGGCAUCGCCUACGCGAACCUGUGGGCCGUCCCCUACACGGGCGCGCUCUUCGCGACGGCGGACUUCCUCAAGGCGCAGUACUCGAAGCGCACGGGCUCGAAGCCGACGGCCCUCGUCGGCGUCGCCGUCGGCGCCGUCGCGGGCGCCGUCAGCACGACCGUGGGCUUCCCGCUCGAGUCCGCGCGGCGCAAGAUGCAGGCGCAGGGCACGGGCGGGAGGCCCGUGCUCUACAGCUCCAUCUGGGGCUGCAUCGCGGGCACCGUCAAGACCGGCGGCAUCGGCGCGCUCUACACGGGCUGCGCGGCCAACGUCGUCAAGAUGGCGCCGGCCCAGGCGAUCACGUUC